AUGGGUGCACUCCCAAGCUCUACUGAAACUCCAGCAACUACAUAUGGACUAAAGAAUGUGGAAAAUUGCAAGGUCAUCAAGCUAAAGAAUGGUAAGGAGUGUGAAGCAUCCUUACCAAAAGGAAAGCUCCCUCCUAAGUUGAAAGAUCCUGAAAGUUUUACCAUCCCUUGUUACAUUGGAGAUACUUUUUGUGGGAAGGCACUAUGUGAUCUAGGGGCAAGCAUUAAUCUUAUUCCCUUAUCUAUUUUCAAGAAGUUAGGGAUAGGCGAUGUCACACCUACCACUAUCACUCUACAAUUGGAGGAUAUAAGCAUUUGCUACCCUCAAGAAAAGAUAGAAGAUGUCUUGGUGAAGGUUGACAAGUUUGUGCUCCCUACUAACUUCAUUAUUAUGGAUUUCGAUGCUGAUGAAGACAUUCUCAUUUUGUUGGGGAGACCUUUCCUUGCUAUGGGAAUGACCUUAAUUGAUGUUGAAAAAGGAGAAAUCACCAUGAGGGUGAAUGGACAACAAGUAGUGUUCAAUGUGCUUAAUGCAUUGCAAUACCCGGAUUAA